CAACAUAGACCUGUUAAAGGCAUGCCUUAUCCUCUUGAAGCAUUAUUUAGAAUAACAAAGUACUUUUCUUUACAAAAGAUCCUGACAUGCACUUGAUAUUUGUGACAUUCACUAAACACGUGUAGGAAGAAAACACAGCAGUGUGUUCUCUCAAUGUGUUUUUUCCAAUAUAUUCCAUAAAUACUCAACAGAAUUUCGAAUUUAUUUGUAUGUAUUUCAGCUUUAAUUCUGUUAAUAGGAGAGAGAAGAAAAAUUCACAAAAAGCAUCCGCCAUUUUUUUUUCUUCUAAGUGACUUCCAUACCCGAAGAAGAACACUGACAUGCUGAAAAGGUUGUUACUACCACCAGGGAGAGAACUAAAACAUGCCGGAUGCCGGACCUAGAGGACCGAUUUUGGUAACCCCUGUCUUAAGGAAUUCAAAAGACUAUUUCUAAUUGUAUAAAAACCAAACGGCAUCACAGAAAGCCUUCAUAGUCCUCCUGGGCAACAAGGGGCGCUACAGAACUACAUUUUUAAAAUGUUUUUUAUAAGCCAGUGACAAAAGACAAAAGAUUAAUUAAAUUACUUUGAUUCGAUUAGACGUGGAACUCAUUUUCUGUUCAAAGGGACUCGUUUAUUUUUCAUUUUCUCUCCCUGCCGCAUCCUUCUUGUUUGCUGGCUGUGUUUUUCCCCCCGGGUGGUUCUGUCAUGUCGGGGAUGCAGCAGCUCAGGCUGCUGGUCAGCGAGCGGCUAACAGCGGCUGCAGAGGAAAUCUUUGGGCUCGUUGAGAGGACAAUAACGGAGUAUCAGGAAGAGGUGGUCCGCUCCAAGAGAGAAAUCAUCCAGCUGAGGCAGCAGAUCGAGCAGCUGACCGUCUUACAGCCCCGAGUGUCAUUGUUCAAAGGAGAUGUAGUCCCUCCUUUGCAUGUUGUCUGUCUCCUAGAUGUCGAGUCAGUGUCAGAAAACCAAAGCCAGCCUCCAGCAGAGGAACAAAAGGAAUGUGAAGACCAUCGGCAGGUUAAAGAGGAGCAGCUGGAUGUCUGCAUCAUCCCAGACGUGGAUACCGAUUCUUCUGACGACGUAAAAGUUUCUCCUUUCGAAUCGGAGAUGACCCCUCACGUCGACUCCCAGCUGUUACCAAGCGUCAGCUCCAUAACCGUGACUCUGAACAGCAGCGACGAGGGAAAAUGGAUUGGAAAUUUUGGCGGGAGCUCGUUGCAUUCUGGUCCAAGUCGCGGCCACGUUUCCCUCGUGCAGCCAGAACACGUCCUGGACAGCAAGUCCUGCCGUCUCUGCGGCGUGUCCUUCAUCAGGGACUGCGACCUGAUCAGGCACGUGGACGAGUCCCACGCGGGGCAGAAGGCCUUCAAAUGCUUCGAGUGUCACAAGGAGUUCGCCCGGAAAGACAGCUUGACUUUGCAUCUGAGGGUCCACACGGGCGAGAAGCCGCACAGGUGCCCCUUCUGCGGGAAGUUCUUCACCCAGACCUCCAACCUCAGGGUUCACAUGAGGAAGCACACGGGCGAGAAGCCGUACUUCUGCAGCUCGUGUGGCAAAAUGGUGGCGCACUCGUAUCACCUUAAAACAUGCUCCAGGCGAUCCUCAGUCACGAUGGACGUUAGUGGACAUUAGAGGUCUACUAACUGAAUUCUGGGCGGUUAAAAAAAGCAAAAAAACAACGUACACUACAAACCUGAGUUUGCACAGAAAAGCCUUGGAAUCACGUUGUAUUAUGGAAGCUUUCUUCUGAUCAGAUACAGAUGCUAAAGAUGCAGACUAUUUAUUAUUUUUAUAUAUUAUUAUUUGUGUUAUUAUUAUUGUAAUAGAGGUCUUUUGGAAUCACAUGAAACUUUUUUUAACCCAUAAAACACCUGUUUAACUCUUCAAGUUUGAUUUGAGUAGUUUUUCCCCUGCUUAUUGUGACGUAUCUCUCAAUAAAGAAACACUGUGUGAGAUUUA